AUGAGAAGGCUCUGGCUGUGUACCCUAAGAGACAGACAAGAGAAGUUGGAGCGAGUGCUUGCAUUCUAUAAAUCUUCUAAAGGAAGUCCAUUCCAAGAAACUAGCACUCACGUAAGAGGAGAAUUUGAUGCUGUGGGUGCACUGUUGAUGAUCGGUACCGUUGAUGUAUCCAAGUGCAAUGCAAUUGAAAGAGCAAUUAGGACUGGUAUUGAUUCUAGGCUGACUUUUGAAACAACUAUCCGUGAAAAGGAUACACUUGUAGCAGAGUUUGUUGGCAGCGUAAGAGGCCAAAAGUGUAUCCUGGGUAGUUCACUUUCCUUAGCAAAAGUUCUUUAUGCAGCAAAUAUCAGUGAUUGGUGUUCUGCUGUUGCCAUUCCAGUCGGUGGUCGAUGCAGAGAUGUUGCAGUACCUACAAGUUCACGUGAGGAAAGGGGGCUGACUGACUAUUCAUCUUUUGGGCCGCCCCGGCUGAAUCAACUAAAUGGUAGUGGAAUCGCUGUGAUGAUUAAAAAAUUAAAUACUGUUGCCUCCUUGGCUCAGUUCGUCUCUGCAUUGCCACACUCUAGUAGUGUUUUGUAUCGUUUUGGCACUUUUGGUCAAGUUGUUUGCCAACUUUCAAGCAAUACAAAACUAUCAAUCUUGGGCAUACACAAAAUGGCCAAUCUGUCACGUCAACAGCCUAGACUCGCAGCUAUGUCGUUGCCUUUUAGUUUUUUACAACGGUCAGGGCAUCCUCAAGUGUCCUUGGUGGAAAACUACUUCUUAGUUGGGCCACUUGCCAUGACCCUAGAGUCAGAACUUGAUGAAAGUACAAGAAUUGGUGGCAGGGUAGAGACAAAUAUAGCAAGUCCCGAAUAUUUGAAGUGGGCAGUUACCAUGUCUGAUACCUCUGAGGAUGAUUUUGGAUGGGGUUUGAGCCUUGGUGGUUUUCUACGAGGUCCAAGAAAGUGUAACCGUUUUCAUGUUGAAAGCUUUCUCAAUUUCAACGUAGGAAAGAAGUGCAAGUUGCAACCAGGUCUACUCUAUGCGAUGGAUGAAGGAGCCACUCAGUUUUCUGCAUUGAUAUUCCGCGCUAGUUGGUCCUUGUGA